AAGCCCCAAAUUCAUUUCACGUCGUGCUCUGCCACUGGCCAUGCUCCUCCCUCAGACAUCACACUCCCUUCUCACUGCUGAGCACCGCCGGAACAGACCCUUGUGGACAUCUCCGUUUGCUGCCCAAUGCCGUUGAACUGCUGAAAUGAACCUUGCCAUUUUCUGGUGCCGUCGUCGACUAUUCCCUCAUCUCUGUGGAGUUGGCAGUCUGCAGCAAUUGGGCAACUGGAUUUAAAUUAGUCAGGCUAGGCCAGCCUCAUUUUGAGGAAGAGAAUUGUUGAAGCUCAGUCAUUUGACCGGCAGGCUGGAAACCCCAGUGACAAGCUCUCCAACACAAACCCUAGACCUCUCACUCUUUCUCUUCUUCAAUCAUGGCAUCUGCUUCUCCCUUUCCACUUUCUGGGACUUUAAAUGAACUUCAUAGUACAAGAAAUAGCAUUUUAUUUGGUACCACUAUGGGAAUGGGCUGUGAUGCCGGAACCUCUGGCUCACAAAUUGCACUGCAUCAAUACAAGAGAAGAAAAAUUUCUCAGAAGAAUGUUUCUUCUUCGUGUGAGGUUCACGGUGAAGUUGAAGCUUCCCUACCUACUUUGCGAUCUUCGGGUUAUUAUAUGGAACCUUGCUUGAAGGAGUUGGCUAAAAGGGAACUGAUGGAUUCUGGCUUUUGCAGCCGAGUUCAAGAUUUUACAGUUGGAAGAUUUGGUUAUGGACAUGUCAAGUUUCUUGGAGACACUGAUGUUAGAUGGUUGGACUUAGAUCAAAUAAUCAGGUUUGGGAGGCAUGAAGUGGUUGUAUAUGGAGAUGAAGGUGCAAAGCCUGAGGUUGGUCAGGGCCUUAACAAGGCUGCUGAAGUAACUUUGGUGCUACAGAUAAGAUCAUCAAGUUUUGAAGAGGGACGACUAAAUGAUAUUGUGGAGAAAUUGAGGCUUUGUACAAAGAGACAGGGAGCAGAUUUCAUUUCAUUUAACCCAUCAAAUGGUGAAUGGAAAUUCUUGGUACACCAUUUCAGCAGAUUUGGAUUGAGUGAAGAUGAUGAAGAGGAUAUUGCGAUGGAUGAUGUGACUGUAGUUCAACAUCCACUGGAAACAAAUGCUCGUGAGGUUUCUGAUAUUGAUGAAGCCACACUAGUGGAACCCAAUGGAGCUGUACUUUCUCAUUCUCUUCCUGCUCAUCUUGGGCUUGAUCCUAUCAAGAUGAAAGAAAUGAGAAUGGUGAUGUUUCCUGUUGAUGAAGAGGAGGAUCAUGAUUUCAGUGGGGAAUUUAAACAGCGGGAACAAUCUUUCAAUAAGGAAUAUAUACGACCUCCUUUACAUUAUUCUGCUCGGAGGAUGAGCCAUAAAUCUGGUUCAUCUGUGGCACGGAAAACUCCACUAGCUUUGCUUGAGUACAAUCCUGGUAGUGUUGACUCCAGCUCUUCUGGAACCAUUCUUAUGGCCCAACAAAAUAAGGGAAUGCCUUUGAAGACUACAAAAGUAGAAGGAUUUAAGCUGGACCUCAAGCAUGAGACACCAAUAACAGAAAGCCAUUCCCGCAACAUAGUUGAUGCAGCAUUGUUCAUGGGCAGGUCCUUUCGUGUAGGGUGGGGCCCUAAUGGCAUCCUUGUUCAUGCUGGUGCAGCAGUUGGUGGCAAUGAUUCUCAGAGGGUUUUAUCUUCUGUAAUCAAUUUAGAAAAGGUUGCAAUUGAUAAAGUGGUUAGAGAUGAAAAUAACAAAGUAAGAAAGGAACUUGUUGAUUCGUGUUUCAUUUCUCCAUUAAAGCUACACAAGGAUAUUAAGCAUGAAACAAAAGAAGUUGAAAUUGGGUCCUUCAAAUUAAGGCUUCAAAACCCAGUCUCUAAUCAUUUAAUGCUUUCAGAGAUUUGCCGGAGCUAUAUAGGAAUUAUUGAGAGGCAGCUGGAGGUCCCUGAGGUGUCUUCCUCCGCUCGUGUGGUGUUGAUGCACCAAGUAAUGGUAUGGGAAUUGAUAAAAGUUCUUUUUUCGGCUAGGGAAAUCAGUGGACAAUCAAAAUCUGCAGGAGCUGAUAAUGAGGAAGACAUGAUGCAUGACAGGAGUGAUGGUUCUUCGGAUGUUGACCUGGAAGCACUCCCUCUUAUUCGGAGAGCUGAGUUCAGCUAUUGGUUGCAAGAGAGUGUUUGCCAUCGGGUACAGGAUGAAGUAAGCUCCUUAAAUGAGUCCAGUGAUUUGGAACAGAUAUUAUUACUGCUGACAGGGCGACAGCUGGAUGCAGCUGUGGAACUGGCCGCUUCUAGAGGAGAUGUGAGGCUAGCUUGUUUGCUGAGUCAGGCUGGUGGUUCCACAAUAAAUCGUGCUGAUGUUGCUCAGCAGCUUGAUCUUUGGAGAACCAAUGGGCUGGACUUCAAUUUCAUUGAGAAGGACAGGAUAAGGCUCUUUGAGUUGCUUGCUGGUAAUAUACAUGGUGCAUUGCAUGGCAAAAACAUUGACUGGAAAAGGUUCCUAGGUUUAUUGAUGUGGUAUCAACUACCACCAGACACUUCAUUGCCCUUUGUUUUUCGCAAUUACCAGCAGCUUCUUGCCGAUGGAGGAGCUCCACAUCCUGUUCCAGUCUACAUUGAUGAAGGACCUGUAGAAGAGGCUGUAUCUUGGAGUGUGGGGGAACGUUAUGACCUAGCCUAUUAUCUUAUGCUUCUACAUGCCAGUGAAGGUAGCGAAUUUGGACUUGGGAAGACAAUGUUCAGUGCCUUCUCAUCAACACAUGAUCCACUGGACUACCAUAUGAUCUGGCAUCAGCGUGCAGUGUUGGAAGCAGUUGGUGCCUUCAGUUCUAAUGAUCUUCAUGUUCUUGACAUGGGACUUGUUUCCCAGCUUCUGUGUCUAGGGCAAUGUCACUGGGCCAUCUAUGUGGUUCUUCAUAUGCCCUUUCGUGAUGAUUUUCCAUACCUUCAAGCUACUCUCAUUCGGGAAAUUUUGUUCCAAUAUUGUGAAUCUUGGCAUUCACAAGAAUUACAACGCCAAUUUAUGGAGGACUUAGGCAUUCCAUUGGCAUGGUUGCACGAGGCAAUGGCAGUAUACUUCAAUUACUGUGGUGAUCUUUCAAGGGCCCUUGAACACUAUAUUGCAUGUGCAAAUUGGCAAAAGGCUCACUCUCUUUUCAUGACUUCAGUUGCUCAUUCAUUGUUCUUGUCAGCCAAACACUCGGAGAUAUGGAGACUUGCAACUUCCAUGGAAGACCAUAAGUCUGAAAUUGAACAUUGGGACUUGGGAGCUGGAGUAUAUAUUUCAUUCUAUCUAAUACGGAGUUCUUUGCAAGAAGAAAACAAUACCAUGUGUGAAUUGGAUUCUCUGGAGAGCAAAAAUGCUGCUUGUAAAGACUUCUUCAGUUGCUUAAAUGAAUCUUUGGCUGUUUGGGGUGGCAGAUUACCAGUUGAUGCAAGAGUGGCAUAUUCAAAAAUGGCGGAGGAGAUCUGUGGUUUGCUUCUAUCUGACAGUGGUGAGGGCUCAACACGUGAUGUUCAAUUGAGCUGCUUUGACACCGUUUUUAGUGCUCCAGUCCCUGAGGAUCUCCACUCAAGCCAUUUGCAGAAUGCAGUGGCGCUUUUUACGUGCUCUUUGUUGGAGGUGUAGUCUUUCCUCCCUGGUUUUUUUGGUCGGAUUAGAUUAGAUACCUGAUGGUAAAGGUCAAGGUUUUUUGGUUUAAAAACUCUUUCUUGUUCCUUCCCUUCUGUUUCAUUCAUGUGGAUGUCAAUUUCAUCAAUUUUCUUCGGUGGUGGUUUUCGUUACCUCGUUAAAUGUUUGUUUGUAAUCUUAUUCUAGCCUGAGCAUGAGAUGCUGAAAAUUAGUUUUUGAGAAACAUACAGAAUGGUUUUUAUGCAGAGAAUUGAAAUCUUUCCAAGAUUGUUGUUGGUGGAAAGACCCACCUGAUGAGAUAUCUGAAAUUUCCCCUGUAAAAGUAUUGGUUCUUUUAUGACCACAUACUGAAUGUAUGACAGGAAGGUAUGUUUAAAUUUUC